AUGCCGCCUCCUGUUAGCAAUUCUGGGCACAGCGAUGCACUACACACUGCUGUGGAAACUGAUGCUAGGGACAGCAUGAAGAGUGCUGCACAGCGUCUUCUUGUUCGGCGAACAACAGAACAGCAUUCCCACCCGGAGCAUGUUGCAGUUAGCACCGAUGGAACGUGGAUGAAGCGCGGAUUCUCAUCAAUGUUUGUAAUAGUAUACAACGCCGGCACAUGGGGACUCACGGCAGCUGCCGAGGGUGGACUCGACGCAUUCCACCGCGGCCAGCUCCGUUCACUGAUCGGCUUUGUCUGGCCGCAGAAGAUCGCAACAACAGCACUCUACGACAGGUGCAAGGCAGAGCCGAUCAGCCGCAUCAUCACCAGAGCUCGGUGGAGUCUAUUUGGCCAUAUCCUUCGACUUCCCAGUGAUGCCCCCGCCGUCCUAAGCAUGGUCAGCUACUUUGAAUGUGAUGACCACAAGUGGAGAGGCCGCCCUCGCAUCACCCUGCCGGUGAAGCUCGACGACGACCUCAACCGAGCUGCGUGCGGGCGAUUGCAGAGUCUGGAAGAUCUGGAACGCCUAUCAGACGUAGCUGCAGUUCGAAGCGAAUGGAGGCAGCUACUGGAUAUGAUCUGCGGGUAG